UUUCAUAUCAACUACAAAAAAUUAUCAAAUUCAUUAUAACACUAUCUGAAGAAAGUCUCUAGGGGAAAAAGUAAAACAUGUCCGAACUACCUCGUCGAAUUAUCAAGGAGACGCAGCGUCUUCUGGAGGACCCGGUUCCGGGUAUUAGUGCCAUCCCGGAUGAGAAUAAUGCCCGCUACUUCCGCGUUCAAGUCACUGGACCCCAUGAUUCGCCCUUCGAGGGCGGGGUUUUUAAGUUGGAACUGUUUCUACCGGAGGAUUAUCCCAUGAAGGCACCCAUGGUUCGGUUCCUGACUAAGAUCUAUCAUCCCAAUAUCGAUAGUUUGGGUCGCAUAUGCUUAGAUGUGCUGAAGGACAAAUGGAGUCCGGCGCUUCAGAUUCGCACCAUUCUACUUUCUAUUCAGGCCUUGCUAAGUGCCCCAAAUCCGGACGAUCCACUGGUCAACGAUGUGGCUGAGUUAUGGAAGGAAAAUGAGGAGCAGGCCAUACGAAAUGCACGGGAGUGGACAUUGAGAUAUGCCAUUGGAAAAUAACUUCCUUUGAUUAAAAUCUAUUGAAAAAAAAUUUCCUCAGAUGCCCAUUUUAAAUCACCAUUUAACCGCAUUUAUUGCG